AUGGGCAUCACAGAAAAGAUCGCAGAGAUCGAGGCCGAGAUGGCUCGAACUCAAAAGAAUAAAGCUACAGAAUACCAUGUCGGUCUGCUAAGAGGAAAGCUUGCUCGACUUCGAGCUCAGCUGCUAGAGCCACCCAAGGCAUCUGCCAAGGGCGAAGGCUUCGAAGUGGUUAAAAGCGGUUCAGCCCGUGCCUGUAUGGUGGGCUUCCCUAGUGCUGGAAAAUCUAGUUUGCUGGCCAAGAUUACCAAGACAGAGAGUCAAGUUGCUAGCUACGAAUUUACCACUUUGACUGCCAUUCCCGGUGUCCUGGAGUACGAUGGCGCUGAAAUCCAAAUCCUUGAUCUCCCGGGGAUCAUUCAAGGAGCUAGUCAAGGCAAGGGUCGCGGAAGGCAGGUCAUUGCUGUUGCCAAGACUGCUGACCUCAUCCUGAUGGUCAUGGACGCGGGCAAGCCAGGUCAGCAAAAAGAGCAAUUGGAAGCGGAACUGGAGGCAGUGGGUAUACGGCUCAAUCGCAAGCGUCCAGACAUCACCUUCAAAGUCAAGUCAGGCGGCGGUGUCUCAUACAACUCUACUGUCAAGCAGACACGAGGCUUUGAUGACAAGAUGUGCUACAAUAUCUUGCACGACUACAAGAUUCACAAUGCAGAUGUGCUUCUUCGAGAAGACAUCACAGUAGACGACUUUAUCGAUGUCGUCCUUGGCAACCGCAAGUACAUCAGAUGCCUAUACGUCUACAACAAGAUUGAUUCCAUUUCGCUCGAGACUGUAGACGAAUUGGCCCACAGAGAUCACGCCGUUGUCAUUUCUUGCGCAGCUGAACUCAAUCUGGAUUACUUGAAGGAUCGGAUAUGGUCAGAGCUUGGUCUUAUCCGAGUGUAUACAAAGAGAAAGGGGGAGCUGCCAGGAUUUGCUGAGGCGUUGAUUCUGCGCGAGGGCAGUACUGUCGAGCAGGCCUGCGAUAGUAUCCAUCGAACCCUCGCGGAGCAAUUUCGUUACGGGCUGGUCUGGGGCCAGUCCGCCAAGCACAAACCCCAGCGUGUUGGUUUGACUCAUGUUCUGGGCGAAGGCGACGUAUUGUCUAUCAUCACCAAGUAG